AUGAAAAAAUCAUUGCUAAUGAUAAUAAUCAUAUUUUCAUUAUUCCUUUACGUAUCAUCAAUAAAACCUAAUUCAAAAUCUAAUUGUCAAUGCUAUGAUUAUCCAAACCCUUUAAAUCGAAAUAAUAAAGUACUCGUACCAUGUCCGAUAUCAAAACAAAAAAAGAUUUCAACAUCGAAUUUGGCAGAUUUGGCAGUACAAGGCUCAAAGAAGAACAUGUUUGAUGUUACUUUUAAAUGUGGAGUAUCAGAUUCGGUAUUAUGCGGAGCAUCACCAGCACGUACAAUACCAUUACAAGAUGAUGAUGGAUUAGUUCGACAAUAUCCACAAGCACUUGUUAAACAAUUUCAAUUUCAAUCACAUCCAGAAUAUGGACCUUAUGAUAUUUUGGCUAUGUUUAAUUCAGCUGGAACAAAUUUUUGGUUUGAUGGAGAUGGAAAAAUAAAACCAGAUCAACAAGAUUUUUUAUAUGUAGUUUUGCAUGAAAUAAUUCAUGGAUUAGGAUUUACAUCUAACUGGCAAGAUUACAUCAACGAAAACAAUCCGACAGCAUUAACACCAGAUAUAUCUUUCAUACCAGAAGGAGAUUCAAAACUUAAAUUUAAUGGAUUCACUGAAAGUGCAUUUGAUAAAUAUAUAAUAAAUCUGUCAACUGGACAUAGAACCUCAGAAAUCACGAAUCAACUUAAUGAAUUUGCAGGAGGAGUAGGAACAGAAUUUUCCAGUGAAGCACAAUUUAAGUCCAAGUUUAAGGCAUCACCUCAAUAUAGCAUAUCUCGUAACAUGAUGAAAACAAUGAUCACACCGUAUUCACUAGGAUUUUUACCGCACGAUAGUAACUCAUCAACGCAGGCGGUUGUCCUUGAAACAAGUUUAUGUCCUUAUGAGCAAGGGUCAAGUGUUAGUCAUGUUGAUCUUAACACAUAUAAUGCUACAAGUGAUUUUUUAAUGAAAUAUUUAGCAGACCGUGGAGCGACCAUGAGUGCUCUUACAGAACUUCGUGGAUGUGCGAACAUUAUCGGACCUAAAUUAAUAUUAAUUCUUGAAACUUUGGGGUACGUCUAA